AUGGUUCUCACGCACACUACCAACCACACCUAUAGCCAUCCUUUCCCAACCGUCACGCUCGCCUUCUUCCUCCGGUACUGCUCCCCACAGCUCAAUCCCUUCUCCCAACAUGUCAUGAGUACCGACACCCUCUCGUCGCAUGUCGACCCGGCCACCGGCCGUCUGCACACGACUCGCAUCCACCUCAAGAAGUCGCGCAUGCCACCUGCUAUCAUGAAGAUGCUCCCCAUCAGCAUUACUGGUGGUGCCACGACCGAGAAGGCGUCCUAUAUCCUGGAGACCAGCGUUGUGGACAUGAAGGAGGGCUGGAUGUCGACCGAAAGCCGGAAUCUGAACUUUGCUGGCGUUCUGUCGGUGGUGGAGAAGCAGAUCUAUACGAUUCCGAAGAACACUAAUGAUAAUGGAACUACGACUGAUGUUGCCACGACGGUGGUAUUUCGAUCUCGCUUUGGAGAGCGGAUUCGCGACAAGCUGGGUCACUUGCACACGCACGAAGCCGAACAAGAGAAGGGCGGCUUCUUUUCUCGGCUUGGUGCCCACGGUAUCCAGCGGAGCAUUGAGAGCCUGGCUUCGAAGAAGACCCAGGACCAACUUGGCAAGAGCCGAGAAGGCAUGAAGCUGAUCCUCGAGCGACUUCGCCAGUCGGGCAUAAUGGGCGUCCUGGAGCUCAGAAAGAUGACAAGGGAACGCAACAUGGAGAAGGCUUGA